AUAGAUAUAAUUGAAGGACAACAUGACAUGUACCAUGACGUCAAAUAUAGUCGUCGAUACAAACAAGACAAGCUUGCUAUUUCUUUUCUUAUUUUAGAAAUAGUACUUAUUACUCAUUAAUUAUCAUAACAUGCUACAUACCUACCAACCGAAACGUGGUUUGUGAGUCCUGGUGGUUGUGAUUUUAAUUAUAAUAAAAAUAAUAUUGGUCCGUGAAAACAAACAAUAACAUUAAUAGAACAUAUUUGUGAAUGUAAUUUUCUUCUCUUCUUACGUCAGUGCUGGAUUGUUGAUUUGUGAUUUGAUCGUUUUUCACGCGGAAGUCUGCUAGUGCUACUAGAACAAUAUUAAAUAACAAUAACAAAAGUCGAGACAGUGGUGCGAUUUGAUGAACCUUUUUAAAUAGUGACAUGAAAGUUUUGUUGAGUCAUCAUUCUUGCCACUCUGCCUCGCACUCUGCACUUGCAAAACUUAGGACUGUAAACAAUUGUGUGUCUAUUUUGAUUUUUGAGUGAAUCUAACAAUUUUUUUGAAAUACAUAAUUAUCAACAAUGGGUGAAUUUGGCAAGGACUUCUUCCUGGACCCAGGGAUUUCCAUCAAACAAGAACCGGUCAAUGAGUCAUCCAUUAUGAACAUGUCAGCUAGUGUGCCGAUUCCUUCUAGACGUGACUUAACAGACUACAGAGACUUUGGAAUCGAUUUCGAUAAUUCUCAGAGCCCUCUCUACGCAGAUCUAGGUUUCACUGCCCAAAUUCAGACACCAGGAAUGUACGAAAGUAACUGUUGGGGAAUCAACAGGCUGAUAAACAAUGAUGAGAUGUUGAAAUGCGAAUCAUUCAUUCAUAUGGACGAAGAUGAUAUUUUUCAAGUGGAUAAAGCGGAUUUGAUUCAAGGUCCUACUUUGGCAGAAUUGAAUGCAAAUGAUGAUAAUUUACUAGGUGAUCUGAACUUUGAUGACCUACUACUCCCUGAAGAGAGUACCUACAUUAUUUUGGAAAAAGGAAACCCUCAUACGCCCGAACGCCAUCAUAUAAGUAACUCCGCUUCACCAUUUCUACCACAGAACAACAUGCUCCAAAAAGAGAUUGAUUCACCAUCUAGUGUUCCUACAGGUGCUUUUGACUAUUACAAAUACAAGACUCCAGUCUCGGCGUUCUCUCCUGAGAGCCAAACCAGUUCCAACUCUUCUAUCAUCCAGUCCAUUUCAUCGCCAUCCAACAUGUCCGCCCUGCAGCAGAGACACAGCACCCUGCACGAGCUGCUGGUCAAGCGGGACCACUACGGCUCGCCGGACACGUCGGUGUUGGGCCAGUCGUUCCCGGAGAGACACACGGAUGUGCAAGGCCGAGGUCCAAAGGCAGCAAGGUUGUCAUCUUCAGCACCAACUCACUUAGGCUUGGACCAAAUCUGGCAACGACGCGAACCAAGAAAGCACCUUCUAUCGACAAGUUCCUUGGCCGAAUGCGGUUCUACUUCGUCAAUAUCUACAGGUGGUCUCUUGAGCCCUGACCCACCCGAUUAUUCUCUGGACGAUGACGAGAGCGACGAAGACAGCGAUGCACAUUAUGAGGACUUUUCUUCCGAUAACGUGGAUUCUGAUGACGAAGAAGAUAGACAAAACAGACACUCAGCUAGUCGGAAAGACCGAUAUUUUUGGCAGUAUAAUAUCCAGGCAAAAGGACCAAAGGGCCAACGUCUAAUAAUGAAGUCCAAAAUGGAGGAUCCGCAUCAUCUCAAUCGAGUUACCGAUCCGGUUUUCAGCCCGGACUGUUCUCUAAGGGGAAUAAAGCAUAGUGGAAAAGCAAGAAAAGGUGACGGUAACGACCUCACUCCCAACUCUAAAAAACUCUAUAACAUUGGUAGAGAACUGGAUAAGCUGGGUAGAAUUAUCAAUGACAUGACGCCAGUGAGUGAACUACCCUUCAAUGUUAGACCUACUUCUAGAAAGGAAAAGAACAAAUUAGCUUCAAGGGCUUGUAGGCUGAAGAAAAAGGCACAGCACGAAGCUAAUAAAAUCAAACUGAACGGGUUGGAGUUUGAACAUAGACGAUUUUUGAACGCUAUUGUUCAAGGAAAACAGAUACUCAACAACAAACUAGUGGAAACUUCUCAAGAAAGACAAGAAGACCUCACAAUGAAUUUGGAGAAACUUCUGAAACAUUGUGCAAAGGUGAGGAUUGCUGGCCAUACUACAGAGUACGUCAAUAAAGUGUUGGACAAACUAAAGAAUGGUGCCAGUACCACUGUGAGGAUCAAUGAUGACUCAUAG